UCAUUCUUCUGCUACACCGAAUCCUCACGUGGCAGCUACUUCUUCUAGAUACGUCGGUCUGUGCGUAAAGAAACUGAGUUUAGGCGAUCUUUUUUCGCUUUACUUGUGCGAGGGGAUGCCCUGCCUCCACUCCGCGGCGCUGGAGUCGAUGGAGCCUGGUAGCGCGACUCCCGGGGCAUCUGAUGCUGGCACAGAGAAGUCCUUCAGCAGGGAAACCGUGAGAGACUCGCCGAUGGUGCAAGGCCUGGGUUGGUUCUUCUCCCCGCUGUGGAGCCCGCCGUCCAAGACGCGCAACAGAAGGUUUGAAAAGGAUAGGAAAGGCGACCGAGGGGAGGCAUGGUUGGAUGACCACUCCGACUUUACGCGGGAGUAUUUUUUACGCAGGGCUUCAGGGGCUAGCUGUUCACCCCUGCCGCCUCCCAGGAGCAGCUCCGACCACUCUGACCUGCUCAUGAAGACUCCUCGCAGCAGAGCUUCCUCUCCGCCGACCAGCCCUAAAUCUAACAUCUCAUCUCUGUCAGAAAAGCUUCAACCCCUCACUUUAAAUGCCAGUUCUCCUGAAUGGAUGCAUAGCUUCUGUCCCGAUAUCCAAGGGCCUCACACUCCCUGCUCUCCUUGCUCUCCGCACUCUCCCCGCUUCUCUUUUUAUUCCAGCCAUCCACUCUAUCCCGUUUGCCCCUGCUCUCCUGACUUGACCCGCUCUCCACACCUUCUGACGCCCACUGCUCCGAAGGCUACAGGCUGUGGCCACGGUGGCUUUUGCCCUUGGAUGACGGGGCUCCUGGGGGGAGGCCUAAGUUGGAUGGGUUCCAUAGCGGAGCUCUGCCAGGAGGCUGUCAUGCAUGUGGGAGAGCUGCUGUCGGCCAAGGCCAGUUCCCUUGCUCUCGUGAGGAAAGACUCUGGUGGAAGGCGCGAAUUGGAAGAGGUGAUGGCCCUAACAGUGUUGGGGUCCUUGAAUGAGAGCGUCUCGUACAGCCAGGCCCAUCUGGAGUUGGUGAAGGGCAUCACGGGAUGCGUGUUGUCUACAGGUUCACCAAUGAACCUCAGAGAUGCAUCUGAGGACCCCAGAUUCCACUUAGAUAUUGACCAAUCACAGAAGAUCAGGUCUGUACUGAGCGUUCCCAUCAAGAACCACAGAGGAGAGGUGGUUGGUGUAGUGGUAAUGGUGAACAAAAGAAAUCGCGAUGGAUCGUUUUCUUCUUUUACCAACGUGGAUGAAAAGGUGCUGUGCUAUCAUAUGGAUGUGUUGGGGAUGGUUCUGGAUAAUAUUCAGCUAUAUGAAAGCUCAAGACAAGAGGCCAAACGCAGUCAGGCCUUGAUAGAGAUGGCACAGGUAUUAUCAAAGGACCACCACUCCUUUGAGGUUCUGCUGAGUAAGAUGGCUGCCACCAUCAUGCCCUUCACACAUGCUCAGUACUGCACCAUCUUCAUCCCAGGCAAGCAAACUUCGGAAGACAAGUUCCCGUUCUCGCGAGUGAUUCACUUAGAGUGUGAGGAGCUGGGUUCAACUUGCCAGAUCUACAGAAGGCAGGACGACGUCAGCGAUGUGGAUCCGUCACAUGCCUUUCGAACGCUGAGGGCCAUGGAAACGCUCAAUAUGUCGGAGAGUUCCGAGGAAUCAAUAAGGAGUCUCAUCUGCUGCCCGGUUAGGAAUGAGCAGUCUGAAAACGUUAUUGCCGUGUGCCAGCUGAUGAACAAACGCAGCAGAGACUCGGAUGAGAUGGAAACCUUUAACAAGUACGAUGAGCGCCUCCUGGAAGACCUGGCGGUGUACUGCGGCCUGGCUCUACAGUAUGCUCAGGCCGUCCAGAUCACAGAGGAGAGGCGAGCCAGCAUAGAGGUCACGCAGGAGGUCCUUGCUUACCACAUCACUGCAGCUGAGCAGGAAAUCCAGACACUGCAGGAGGCCACUAUUCCCUCUGCCGAAUCCCUGCGUAUUUUAGACUUCCAUUUCUCUGAUUUUGGCCUGCCAGAAGAACAGACCACUCAGGCCACCGUUCGUAUGUUCCUGGACCUCAAUUUGGUGCAGGAUUUUAACAUCAAUUACAAGAGUCUCUGCCAGUGGGUCCUGACUGUGAGACGUGGCUACAGGAACAACGUGCCUUAUCACAACUGGAACCAUGCGCUGAGCACUGCUCAAAGCAUGUUCGCCAUGCUCAUGGCCACUGGUCAGCUCCAGAGUAUUUUUUCCCGCCUGGAGAUAUUAGCGUUGAUGAUAGCCACCCUGAACCAUGAUCUGGACCACAGAGGAGUGAGCAAUUCGUAUAUAGAAAGGACUCAGCAGCCUUUAGCUCAGUUGUAUGGACACUCUUCUCUAGAAAACCACCACUACAACCUGUGCCUCUUCAUCCUAAAUAACACCGGGAGUCAGAUUCUCAGUGGUCUGUCUAAAGAAAAUCACAAAACUGUGCUGCACAUGAUCAAAAGAGCAAUCCUCGCCACUGACCUGGCCGUCUACAUGGAGAGAAGAAAGGAGUUCUUUUCUUUGGCUAACAAAGGCACAGUGAGCUGGAAGAGUGAGAGAAAAAGAGAUUUGCUGAGAUCGAUGCUGAUGACGGCCAGCGACCUCUCUGCCAUCACGAAGCCUUGGCCUGAACAAAAAAGGAUUGCAAACCUGGUUGCCAUGGAGUUCUUCGCACAAGGGGACAAAGAGAGGGAAGAGUUCAAAAUCAAACCUGUUGGCAUAAUGAACAGAGAAAACAGCACUCGACUGCCACACAUGCAGGUUGAAUACAUCGACGAAAUCUGCUAUCCACUCUACAAGGCCGUGUCGCGGCUGUUUGACAGCUGCUCUCCGCUAGUGAAUGGGUGUAAGAAGAACAGAGAAAACUGGCUGCAACUUGGUGAGGAAGAAGAAACCAAUGAAAGCAGUGAAAUGCUGGAAAUGCACAAAAGCAAUGAGGAAGAGACACACGCGGAGAAAUAGAGGAUGGAACAAGGAAUCUAACCUAGAUAUGUGUUGUUCUGAAGACACAUCUUAACUAAAUAUUAACCUGGUGGGUACACAUCAGAACUUUUAUGACAGGAUGUUUCAAAGGGUUAUACAGUAAUCAGGACUAAGAUACGAUAUGGUGUGCUGCAGCUAUGUCCCAGACAAAUAUUCUGCAGUAUAUCCAGUGUAAGGACUGUCCUACACUGAUCCGUUUCCUCUGCACUGAGGCUGAUUUGCUGAUUUUCAUGCAGUAUCUUUAUGUGUCUUUAUGUGUAUUUUUAAACAUGUGUGCAGAUUUAACAAAUGUACUGCUUCAUCGCCACAUACUUAGUGGAAUCUGUCUGAGACAUUUUAUUCAACAUUUGAUGCGGCCGGGGCUUAGAUUUGCAUAGAGAUCUACUAAUAUGCUAUUUAUGCAAUAAUAAUGAUUAUUCUGGAUAUGGUUGUUAUCUUGCAGCAUGCAAUCAGCAGUCAGAGAACAAGCAAUGUAAGGAUUAUUUGUUUCAGACGAACCGUAGUUACAAUUACGGCAAAUAAAUGGUUCCAGGAAAUUAAUUUGCUGCAAAUUAACAGUUGCUCUAAAACUGAUGUCAAGCUUUUUUCUUUUUAAAUCUCUGUGUAUACUGUGACACCAAUAAUAUGACACACUUUAUUUUAAAACACUUCUGUCCUUCUAUCCAGUCUAUCCUGGAACAAAGGGGCUGAAA